AUGAAAUCAUUGACGCUUGCCCUUUUGUACCUGACUCUUACACUUCUGGUUCAUGCUCUGCGUGGAUGUGCACCAGUGGGAGUUGGAAAAGGUGGGUUUAAUGUUAAGAUAUAUCCAUACAAGAUCUCAGACUCAAAAACGAUGAACGAUUUGGAAUAUGUUUCAUAUGGAUACUUAAACAAUAAGGUACUUUCUACUAUGAAUGCAGUUAAAGACAUCAAUUUUGAAUGGUCAAAUUAUCCUGAACCAGAUAUUGGAUAUGCAGUUGAGCAUAACCUCUAUGGUGGACCACCGAUUACUAUCACUAACUUCACUAUGGAACUCACUGGCUAUUACCAUUCUGUGGAAGCUGGCGAUUAUACCUUUCAAUUGUCCAAAAUUGACGACUCUGCUGCCGUAUUUAUUGGCGAUGGUAUAGCCUUCGAUUGUUGUAAAGAAACUCCAACAAUUGAUCCCACUGAUUACCAAAUAUUUACUUCAAAGGUUUGGAAUGGAAAAACAGGAAAUACUAAAGCAACUGUGAAAUUUGCUGCUGAUACCUACUACCCCAUGAGAAUCGUGUACACGAAUGCGCUCAGUCUGGCGACCUUGCAAUUAUUUGUUAAAAAGCCGAAUGGUGACUACCUACAAGUUCAAUCUGACAUGUUCGUUUAUGAUGUACAGCGUAAUAGCUGUCCAGUCCCAUCUUCAUCGAAGGUUACAACUGUUUCUUCUGAAUGGUCUAGAUCUGAAAUAUCUAGUUCGACUUCGACAUCUUCCCUCUCUGAAAGUUAUACCAUUGUUUCAAUAUCAGCUUCAGAUACAGUCACCAUUGACACCACUGACCGGUCUAGAUCUGAUUUAUUAAGUUCCACUUUGGCACCCUCCGCUUCUGAGUGCAACACCACUGUGUCAAUAUCAGCCCCAGACACUGCUAUCACUUUGUACGCAUCUGAAUCAUCAAUAUCUACCUUGACACCAUCUGAGGGCAACACCACCGUUUCAAAAUCAACUCCAGAUAAGGUCAUCAUUGCUACUUCAGAAUGGCUUGAUUCUGAAACAUUACCUUUCACUCCGACCCCACUAGUAUCCGGAGACCCCUCCACUAUUGAGAUACCAACUCCAACAACAACCGGUACUACAAAAUGGUCAGGAUUUGAUAUUUCAACUUCUAGUUCAACCUCGUCAGUUUCAGAUGGCACCCCCAAUGUUGAUACCUCAACAAUAGUUAAGGUAAGCAAUGAUGCUACCAUGGUUUCAUGCUCAGAUGGCGGCUGUACCAAAGUACCAGUUGUGGAAUAUAUUUCUUCAGUGAAUGGCUCUACAUCAGUGAAUAAGAAACUUUACCAGAUAUCUUCUAGCACUAUCGAAUACUCGAUCACUGAGACUCAAGUUUCUACUGUUGAAAUGACGGUAACAUCUUGUUCAAAAGGGGCAUGUUCAAGAAUUCUGAGCACAAUUAGAGAACUUGUUGUUACAUCAAUUCCAGGAUUUGGAAUUGUUUCUUACACAACAAUUUCGUCAUUGCCAACAUUGACAUCAAGUGAGUCCAAUACUGUAACCGGUGAUGCUUGGACUUCUGCAAACCGAUUUGUUGCUACCAAUACAAUUACGGGAAAUAGCACGCUAGGCUAUUCUUCAGCAGCUAUACCACCCUUGACAACUAAUGCUGAGAAUGCUUCAGGGAAAUUAUUAUCUUCAUCUUUCUCAAUGCUUGCAGCAUUCGUGGCCAUUUGUUUCUAUUGA